AUGCAUAUGUCCGGUGACAAACGUUUGGGUCCAAUGUUGGCGUUGGAACGAUUCCCGCCAAAAGUCGACUUGAAAAUUCUUGCUUAUCAAUGGCUUUUGUUUGGUACUGGGUUCUUGGUCGAAAUGGGUGGACUACGUGAAAAGCACUUACAAGAAGAACUGAUCGGAAUAAGUACUAACGAUGAACUAAAGAUACAAUUAAGAAAUGGGUAUCAGCAGUUCUGGCUUCAGAAACCUGUUACUUUUCUUGCUUUAUGGAGAAUCGCAAGAAAGAUUUUGAUUGAUUUUUCGUCAUCAUACUGCGUGGAAAAAGGUUUCAGCACAGUUGUCAAUCUUCUUACAAAAAAAAGAAAUAGACUGGAAAUUACUGAUAAAGAAGAUUUGAGGUUAAACCUGACUAAUUUGGAGCCAACUAUUGAAAAUUUACUAUCGAAUCAUCUGGCUUAUCCUUCCCAUUAA